AUGGCUUCCCUCAUGAACUACUCGAUGCCUGCAGAGCAGCCCGGCUAUUCAUUCCCAACGAGUGCAGCCCCAUCACAAGGAAAUGGCAUUCGUCAACAUGGCUUCUAUCCAUACACAGACAAUGGUGGCUCAACAUUAGGGAUUACGGGCAAAGACUUUGCGAUCCUGGCCGGCGACACUCGUAUGACCUCUGGCUACAACAUCAAUUCGCGCUACGUCCCAAAGCUGUUCCGCAUUGGUGACGAAGAAGACUCCCGAAUCGUGCUCUCAGUGGUUGGCUUCGCCGCCGAUGGCAAUGCUCUCAAAGAGCGUCUCGACGCCAUCGUCAAGAUGUACAAAUACCAACACGGCAAGCCUAUAAGCGUCAAAGCCUGUGCGCAGCGAUUAUCAACUAUCCUCUACUCGAAGCGAUUCUUUCCCUAUUACGUGCAUGCCAUCCUGGGCGGUUUGGAUGAGGAUGGCAAGGGUGCGCUGUACAGUUACGAUCCCGUCGGCAGCUACGAGCGCGAGCAGUGCAGAGCGGCAGGUGCAGCGGCCAGCUUGAUCAUGCCCUUCCUGGACAAUCAAGUCAACUUCAAGAACAUGUAUGAGCCGGGCUCUGGAGAGGGUCACAAUCUGCAGCCUAAAGCGGUGGAAAGUUUGUCACAGGAUCAUGUUGUUGCGCUCGUCAAGGACGCAUUCACCAGCGCCACCGAGCGACAUAUCGAGGUCGGUGAUGGUCUGCAGAUGCUGAUCAUUAAGGCAGACGGAAUCCACGAGACCUUCACUCCUCUGAAGCGGGAUUAG